AUGUCAAACUUUCGUCAUCCAAGUGCAACGCCAUCGAGGAAUCAGUCUGAUUUCACUAUGAAGGCUCCAAAACCACCAGAUCGCCCACUUGUCCCUUAUAUGCGCUAUAGUAGAAAGAUGUGGUCUAAGGUCCGUGCUGAGAAUCCCGAUGCUCAACUAUGGGACAUAGGUAAGAUAAUUGGUCAAAUGUGGAGGGACAUUUCGGAUGCGGAUAAGGCUAUUUAUCAACAUGAAUACGAGAUCGAAAAAGUUGAAUACGAAAAGGCUUUCAAAGCAUACCAAAGCUCCCAUUAUAAUUUUAAGACAAGAGCCAAAGCAAAUGAGAAGUCUUCACGCAGUCGUAUGGAAGUGGGUGGUGUCGUUAUUCAACCAGUUGAUGAAGAAGAUGCUGGGAAUGAACUUUCAUGUCGGCGAUUGGCUGCUGUGCGUUUCGAUCGCAACCAUCGCUUGAUUGGAGAUUUGUUUUCACCAGCAGUUGUCACAGAUACACGAACGAUUGUGGCUCAGAAUCGCAUGGACAUGCUACGAAAGCAGGCUCAAUCGUUGUCUGCUCACCAGAGCAAACUUGAAGAAGAACUUGUGAGGUGCAGUUUCCUUCGUCUGAGAAAAAGCGCCAAAUUGAAAAAGGAAGUUUGCGAAGAAAAGCCACAAUUGGAUGAGUCAAAAUAUGCUGAAAUGCUGGAAGAAAUGAAAGGUAAACUAAUGGAAUCUUAUAAAGAGUACAGGAAGAAGCAGGACGAAAUCAAUGCAAGGCUCGUUGAAGAAACACCAGUGUUAGCUGAACUAGUGAUGAAGGAAGAGGAAGCGUCUAUGAAUGAAGUAGUGGGCAAUGAAGUGGACAGUGAGAUCAAAGGAGUUGGGCAUAUAGAAGAUGCGAAUUCUUAA